CAGGCGGUCUGGCGGCAGAUUCGGACUGCAUCGGAAGGACUAGGCGGCGGGAUGGACGAAGCAGUCGGGGACCUGAAGCAGGCGCUUCCUUGUGUGUCCGAGUCACCCGUGAUCAACGUGGAGGUGCAUCUGCGCUGCAACAGCACUGCAAAAAAAGAAGAUAUAAAGCUGAAUGUUGUAAAGCUGCUAAACAGACACAACAUCGUGUUUGGAGAUUACACAUGGACUGAGUUUGAUGAUGCUUUUCUGUCCAGAAAUGUGCAGUCUGUGUCUAUUGUUGAUACAGAGUUAAAAGUUAAAGAACGACAGCCAAUUGACUUGAGUAAGUGUACUCUUGCCCUCCAUGUCUUCCAACUGAAUGAAGAAGGACCAAGCAGUGAAAAUUUGGAAGAAGAGUCAGAAAAUAUAAUUGCAGCAAAUCAUUGGGUGCUGCCUGCAGUUGAAUUUCAUGGUCUUUGGGAGAGCCUCGUAUAUGAUGUUGAAGUUAAGUCACACUUGCUUGACUAUGUGACAACAACCUUAUUAUUUUCUGACAAAAAUGUUGAUAGCAACCUGAUAGCCUGGAACCGAGUUGUUCUUCUACAUGGGCCUCCAGGAACUGGGAAAACAUCUUUAUGUAAAGCAUUAGCACAGAAAUUGACAAUUAGACUUUCAUGCAGGUAUCAAUAUGGCCAGUUGAUUGAGAUAAAUAGUCAUAGCCUUUUCUCUAAGUGGUUUUCAGAGAGUGGUAAACUUGUAACGAAGAUGUUCCAGAAGAUUCAAGAAUUAAUUGAUGAUAAAGAAGCCCUUGUGUUUGUGCUGAUUGAUGAGGUGGAAAGUCUCACAGCAGCCCGUAAUGCCUGUAGGGCAGGCACAGAACCUUCAGAUGCAAUCCGGGUUGUCAAUGCUGUUUUGACACAAAUUGAUCAGAUUAAAAGGCAUUCAAAUGUUGUUAUAUUGACUACUUCAAAUAUUACUGAGAAAAUUGACAUGGCCUUUGUAGACAGAGCUGAUAUAAAACAAUACAUAGGGCCUCCGUCUACUGCAGCUAUUUUCAAAAUUUAUCUUUCCUGUUUAGAAGAACUAAUGAAGUGUCAAAUAAUAUACCCACGGCAACAGCUUUUGACUCUCCGAGAACUAGAAAUGAUUGGUUUUGUUGAAAAUAAUGUAUCAAAGCUGAGUCUACUAUUAAGUGAAAUUUCAAGGAAAAGUGAAGGACUUAGUGGCCGAGUCUUAAGGAAACUUCCUUUUCUAGCUCAUGCAUUAUACAUACAAACACCUACUGUUUCAGUAGAAGGAUUCCUUCAGGCCCUUUCACUUGUAGUAGACAAACAAUUUGAAGAAAGAAAGAAGCUUUCAACUUGCAUUGGAUAAUCUGUUGUAUCUGACUCAAUUAUACAUACAGUAAUUGAUUUAAUGUUCUCAAGCACAGCUGUGCUACACACAUAUUGUCAGACUCCUUUAGAAAGACAAGUGCCCUGUUGUUCUCACUGUUUUAAGGGGAAAUGUAAAAUGUAUAUACUUAAAGUUUAAUUCAGAUCUACCCAAAGAAUCACCUUUCUCUGUUGAGUCUUCUUUUUACUUCCUUUUGUAAGUUUAAAAUAAAAUUGAUUAACAAAUUUAGUCUUUGGGGCAUGUUAUAUAAGAACUUAAACUUUUGGAAAAUGUAACUAGAUCAUUUAAAAAUACACAUCAGACGAGAUAAAUGGCAUGGCUUUGAUUUAUCUAAUUUUCUUAUUUAAUGCACAGAUACUCUAGUGUGUUUAAACAGCAGAAGUUCCACAGAUUUUAUAGAAAAUGAAAGAAAUGUCUUCACACUUCAUAACAUUCAAACAGUGGUAUUAGAGAAUCAUAAAGUUUAAAGGGAAAAAUGUUUAACAUUAAAAACAGAUGUAUAGUUACUCGUAUAUACCUCAUAACCUUAUUGUACCUACAUUAUCAGUUUGGCUAAUAGUUUUAUUUUUAUGUGUUUAUUUGUUGAAUAAAUGCUCUUUACUUCUCAAAGAGUGUUACAAAUUAUGUGCCAUAUAAAAAGAACUUCAAUAAUGAAUGUAAAGUGGACUUAUGAGUUCUACGAAUUAUAUUUUAUUUUCCCAGGGAUGAAAUAAAUUCAUGUUAGUGGGUUCUGUAUCAUAUCUACUCUUAAAGAUGGUGCUGACUUCAUUUAUUAUUUUGUUUAUACUUAUUUUGUUUAUUAAAACA